GGAAGUGAAUGCUCAUGGUACCUUAAUUUCUUGAACUAAUCUUCUUAAAAGAGGGACAGUUGGUUUCGUAAAAGCACGCACGUAAAGAUUACGUUGAUCUUGUUUCGUACAACAAAGCCUUAAUCUCUCGGGUUCUUUGUAUAUAUAAUUUGCCUGUUACGAAGAUAAAUGGAAGCUAAAUCAAUGUGCCUAACAGGUGAAUUUGUGAAAUGGUAGUAGAUAGUUCUGCUUUCCCAUUCAUUCAUCAACGAGGCAGUGCCCCCCGGUUUUCUGGUCGGAUUCCGAUGACGUUAUAUACAGACACAUCUGGAUCUCCUUCCUCUGUCUCAUCUAAGCCAAACCCGGUUGUUCUGCAGGCCCAGUGUGGUUUUGACACUCAAAAUGAGGAUGAUCACCUUCUUCCUGGUUGGACUGACAGUCCACGUGGUCUUCUUCCUUUCUAUUUUUGACAUCUACUUCACCUCUCCCCUGGUCCAUGGCAUGGCACCCCAGGCUAUAUUGCUGGCACCCCCUGCCUCCAGACUGGUUUUAGUGGUGGCUGAUGGCCUCAGGGCUGACAGUCUCUUCACCUUACUCCCUGAUGGCUCAUCCAGGGCACCAUACCUGAGGAAUAUGAUAGAGGAGAGGGGCACCUGGGGUGUGUCACACACACGCGUGCCCACUGAGUCUCGGCCUGGUCACGUUGCUCUCAUCGCUGGUUUCUAUGAGGAUGUUAGUGCUGUUGCUAAGGGCUGGAAGGAGAAUCCCGUAGAGUUUGAUUCAGUGUUUAAUGAGAGCAGACACACCUGGUGCUGGGGCAGCCCUGAUAUUCUGCCUAUGUUUGCCAAAGGUGCUAGUGGAGACCAUGUGUACACCUACACAUACCCAGCAGUGGAGGAGGACUUUGCCUCCACCGAUGCCUCCAGGCUGGACAGCUGGGUGUUCACUCAAUUCAAAUCAUUCUUUCAGUCAGCAAAGUCUAACUCAAGUCUGAGGGCUAGUCUGCUCGAAGAUAAGAAUGUUUUCUUCCUGCACCUGCUGGGCAUCGACACAAAUGGACAUGCUCACAGACCGCUGUCACAGGAGUACCUUGACAAUAUUGGUCUAGUAGACACUGGCGUAGCUGAGCUGGUGUCUCUAGUAGAAGACUUCUUUGGUUAUGAUGGCAGAACAGCCUAUGUGUUCACCUCUGAUCAUGGCAUGACAAACUGGGGUUCUCACGGGGCAGGCCAUCCCUCUGAGACACUCACCCCAUUAGUGGUGUGGGGAGCUGGAGUUAACAGUGCCCAGAGAGUCACUGAACCGCAACCGUACAAUGAUGGAUACCUACAAGAUUGGAAACUGGAGCACUUCCGUAGGGUUGAUGUCAGUCAGGCUGACAUUGCUCCCCUCAUGGCUUCUCUCAUCGGUGUGCCCAUUCCUGUCAACUCAGUUGGUGUAUUACCUCUACCCUACCUUAACAACACUGACCUGUUCAAGGCGGAGAGCAUGUACACUAAUGCUGUUCAAGUACUAGAGCAGUUCAAGAUGAAAAUGACCCAGAAAAAGGAGACAACGUUGUCUUUUCUGUUCACCCCAUACCAACAACUGACUGAGUCAAAGCAAGCAGAAUUCAUCCACAAGGCCAGAAUACUGAUUCAGCUGGAGAAGUAUGAGGAUGCUAUCUCCCUGUGCCAGUCUCUGAUUUCCCACUCCCUGGAGGGCCUGGUUUACUACCAUACCUAUGACAGGUUCUUCCUGGGUUGCAGUGUGGUUCUGGGAUUUGUAGGCUGGACCUCAUAUGUUGUCUUAGUCAUACUGAAGACUCAUGCCAGCCUCAACAGACAUCCCAGUCUCCUCAAACAGAUUCCCAGCCAUACUCUGGCGAGGCUGUGCAUGUGUGUGGCAGUUGUAAUCACUGUGUUCCUGCUCAUCCAAAGAAGCCCUGUUACCUACUAUAUUUACUGCCUGUUGCCUGUCCCUAUAUGGUACUCUGUUCUUAAAGAGUCUGGAACUCUGACAGAUUUGAUUCAGUCCGCUCCCUCUCUUCCACUGUGGAAAUGUUUUGGCUAUUUCAUGCUGGUGACAUUUGGUAUCGAGCUAUUGGUGGUGAGUUUCUUCUAUCGUGCCGUGCUGACUGUGGGCCUGGCUGUCCUCUCUCUUUGGCCCUUCCUGUCAGGACUGUUUGGCAAGGCCAAGUUCCGCUCAGUGAGCUGGUUCCUGAGCUGUCUGUUUUUGGCUCUUUUCCCUCUGAUGCCUGUUGUGGGUAGAGAGCCCAACAUACAUCUGGUUACCUGUGCAGGUGUACUCGCUCUCUUCACUUCAGUCUGUUACCUCUGGUCAUCAGGACAGAGAGCACCGCUGCACCGUAGUGACAGACAGCAGUUUGUUACCCAGAUGCUCCAUGUGGCAGUGUGUGCAUACGUGCCAUCCCUCACGCACUCCAGUCUGCGGCAGAAACAGGGCCUGCCACUUCUUAAUCAGGUCAUCAGCUGGACCACAUUAGGAUCUUCUAUGCUGGUCCCGUUGUUGAGCUCUACGCGUCUUUUCCAUCGACUCCUCAGCAUAUUCCUCUCUCUCAUGGCCACAUACCUACUGCUCAGCACUGGGUCAGAGGCCUUGUUCCUUCCUGUGUUAUCUUGGUUGAUGUUUGUGUGGAUCAACAUUGAACAGGAGGCUAUGCUUGCUCAGGGUGUCUCUGGCAGGCAAGAGCUCUCCACUAUCGAUUUCUCUGCAAACAUUGACAUUGCCAAGAUCCGACAACUGAAGUUGGAUGACAUCAGGAGAUCUUAUUUUUUUGUAUUUUUUAUAAUAACAGCUUUCUUCGGCACAGGGAACAUAGCUUCCAUUAACAGUUUUGACCCUGCGUCGGUUUAUUGUUUCCUGACUGUCUUCAACCCCUUCAUCAUGGGAGGGCUUAUGAUGUGGAAGGUUAUCAUUCCAUUCAUAAUAGUAAUGUGUACAUUUGAGACCAUCCAAGUCGCAACGCAGCUUUCAUCAAGAAGUUUGUUCCUCAUAGUCCUCGUCAUCUCUGACCUGAUGGCUCUGCACUUUUUCUUCCUGGUGCAGGACUACGGCAGCUGGUUGGACAUUGGUACAAGCAUUAGCCACUAUGUGAUCGUUAUGUCGAUGACCAUCUUCCUGAUGUUGCUAAGUGUGAUCACACACAUACUCACCUCACAAAGACUUAUUCUGUGGAGGGGACCCAAGUUGCACUUCCCCUAAAUAAACACGUGCUUGUGUGCACAUUUAUAUGCAGACCUGCUGGUUAAACCAAAUAUUUAGUAUUUGACUUUUUUUUCUUUUUCUUUUAGAUACUUUUCAUUUAGCAUUUGUUAUAUUAAACUAGAUUUUAUUUAUGUAAAAUAUGGGAUAUUGUUUUAGGACUCUAAAUUCUCUUAAGUUUACUAUUUGGUACUGUGCAAAACUCUUACACUGCUUUGCUAAAUUGAGUGGAAAAGUUGGAAAUCCCCUCCUUAUUAGUUAGAUGUUUUAAAUUUUCUUCGGAGAAACUGCUUGAGUGUACCACAUGACUGCCUGUGAAAAUGACAUGACGGUUUUGCACAGAAACCUACUUCUCAGUUGAACACCCUGAGUUCUUCUUAAAAGUCGUUGUAUUCCCGGCAUUAGCAGUUGCAUGUUUUUACUCAGUGUUACAAUGUGAUUUCAAGUAACACAUCAUUUUAAAGUAAUCAACUCUUAUUGCUUAGUUAGAUGGUUUUAAUAGAGCAUUUUGCAGAGUGGUCUACAAUUUUUGCACAGUACUGUUUGAACUCUAUUCUUUUGUACACUGUGUUUCAAGCACAUUGUUUUUGCAUUAAUCAUUGAUGAACUGACUAAGACUACUUGAAUAUUUGACUGUGAAUUAUGUCUUUGCCAGGGGUGCUGAUUUAUGAUCCACCAAAGAAGGGUAACUUGAUAACUCUUGAAGUAUGUAACAUUGUUUCCUGUAAAGCUGCCUAAAACAUAUCCUUGUUUAAACAAAAAAGCGAUGUUAUUUUAAGUUAUUGUGACUAGGUAUGAACCAAUAAAACUAACAGACUGGAAUGGAAACAGGAAUGUUCAUAAAAAGGCGUUGGUUAUUAAAUAAAACUGAGAUUUUUUUGCAGUGUGUUUGGGAUCAUUGCCAUAUUGGAAAAUUCCUCUCCUUCCUUCAAGCUUCUUGAGACCGGGAGUCAUCUUUUCACUUGGUAUUUGGCUAUACAAACUCGCAGUCAUAGUGCCAUCUAUAAGUGUCAUCUCCCCACCAGGGACUACAUCCAUGCAGCCCCAUAUCAGCACACUCAAACAGCCAUGUUACACUGUGGUAACCCUGGGAAGGUCCACACCAAACAAGAUGAAGCACAUCUGAUCUAUACAACAAAAGUCAUUUAGGUUUCACCAAAGAAUCUACUGCCAAUAUGCAUCAGGCUUCUUUUCAUGUUCGUUGGAAAAGUUUAAUCUUGGCUCAGGUAAUUCCUUACCAUGCGGAGCCAUGUUGCAUUAGACACAGUCCAGGCCAAAUUUGAUUGCUCUACUUCCCUGUCAGGAAGUUAGGCAGGAGGGUGUUUUCUGAAUAUGCCAAUAAGUAAUUCUUAUGUCUUUAAUUUUUCAGAUACAGUACAGUACAGUCAGUAUAGUCACCCCUUUGUGUGAGUGCUAGCUGGAGUUGCACUUAAUGCUUACUGAGAUGUUCAUGGGGUUUAACACAUCUGUCAGUAACAACAGCUAGUGCCACCACUUCCUCCAUCAUUUCCUUUCUUUUGAACUUUAUAAUAAUUUAUAAGUUAUUUGUACUUUGACUAAAAUAAUGGAAUAGAUAUAGUGUAGAUAAUUGCAUUUUCCAUAUUUAUCUAUCAGUAUCAUCGAUCUUGAGACAGUAAUUUAUGAUUAAUAUUUACGUAAGAUUUGAUC